UAGCUACAGCCGUGAUGACACAUGGGUGGAGCGGGUCAGAACGGAUAUUACCCGUGCGGCCCUGCAGGUAUGGGGCGGACGAAUCGAUCCACUCUUACAUAAUUUACUUUCUAUGAUAAAACAAAUAUAAAACAUUUUAUAAAUAAAAAAUAGUGAUAAUAAAAUGAUAAUUUUGUCUGAUAAUAGAAUAAUAAUAAAGUAAGUACCUUUUUCUACAACCAAAGUAGUUACUAUGUUACAUCAACUUAAAUGAAUUUUUUAUGGUUCAACUUAAAUAAAUUAAUUCAGAUCUAUUAAAUUUUGAAAUUAGAAACAAAGGGUCAGUAUUUAAUUAGCUCAAGUCCAAAUAAAACACAGCUAAGACUGAUAUUUUUUAGACAUAAAAGAACAAACAAACCCACUUGGAGACCAAAACCAUCAGCCAGCCAACGGGUUGGGCCACAAGCCCCCAACAACACUAGUAGUAGCGGGGGUUAAAGUCAUAAAGACACCAUUCUGUUCUUCAUCCUUCGUCGGUACCGCCCAUCUUUUCCCUUCGAUCUCCAGCCGGCGGAUCUGAAUCGUCCCUGCCAGAACCCGCUCGCCACCGCCAGCGCUCGGUUGUUCUUUACCCCCAUCUUCACAUCUUCCGAACCCUUCUCCCUGACGACCACCGCAGCACUGCCGCUGCACGAAUCCGCUCUUCUCAUAUCUCCAGUCUACUCGCCCCUGCCGCCGAGGUAAAAGAUUCAAACUUCUGGGAUUGAACUAAUGGAUGAUCGGUCUGGUGUGUGGAGUGCUCCUUUACUGUUUCUCUGAAUCUACAUUUAAUUUGAUUAGGGGACAGUAAUGUGUUGGGUUUCCCUUCAAUCAGUUGCUGAAUGCUAGCAACCUGUGGAUGAGUGGAUCCCCUAAAUGCUUAAGUCUUGUACGAGCUUCUGUUGUUCAGUGGGACUUUUAUUGCCAUCCUGUAUGCAAAAAUCAUAUCUUUUUUACUGCAUUGUUUGCAAUGUUGUUCGAGAUUGUUUCUUCUACUGAAUCUGCAUUCUCAAUCGUUGGGUUUUGGAUGUGUUUUUGGUUUCCUCCCCUUUGAAUUGUCCUUUUAGAUUUGUUUGGAUGAGCUGGUGUGCCUCAUUUAGCUCACUCAUACUUCGAUCUGGCAGUUAGUUGUGCGUAGGUAGCUCGAAAGUAGCCAUGGAUUCGGAUCCUGAAAAUAAUAAACUCAAGCUGGUGAACGUGGCACUCCUGAUCGUGGCCACUUUGCUGGUGGCCAAAGUGGUGACUGCAUUGUUCAUGAGCGGAUCUGGGAAGCGGAGGCUACCCCCAAAGGUGAAGCAGGGGAUACCGGUCGUUGGUGGGCUGCUGAGGUUCCUUAAGGGUCCUAUUGUGAUGCUGAGGGAGGAGUACCCUAAGCUGGGAAGCGUCUUCACCUUGAAUCUUGUCAACAGGAACAUCACCUUCCUCAUUGGCCCGGAGGUCUCUGCCCACUUCUUCAAGGCCCCUGAAGCUGACCUCAGCCAGCAGGAGGUCUACCAGUUCAAUGUCCCGACUUUUGGCCCUGGAGUCGUCUUCGACGUCGAUUACUCCAUUCGCCAGGAGCAGUUCCGCUUCUUCACCGAGUCCCUACGUGUCAACAAGCUCAAGGGCUAUGUCGAUAUGAUGGUUACAGAAGCCCAGGAUUACUUCUCCAAGUGGGGAGACAGCGGAGAGGUGGAUUUGAAAUACGAGCUUGAGCACCUUAUCAUUCUGACGGCAAGCAGGUGCUUACUUGGCCGAGAGGUUCGUGAUAAGCUAUUUGAUGAUGUCUCUGCCCUAUUCCACGAUCUCGACAAUGGGAUGCUUCCAAUCAGUGUCCUAUUCCCUUAUCUCCCCAUUCCAGCUCACCGCCGGCGUGACCUUGCUCGCAAGAAGCUUGCCCAGAUCUUCGCCAACAUUAUCAAUUCGCGGAAGAAAACUGGUAGCUCGGAGAACGACAUGCUGCAAUGCUUUAUUGACUCCAAGUACAAAGAUGGCCGCCCAACAACUGAAGGCGAGGUCACAGGCUUGCUCAUCGCAGCUCUUUUUGCCGGGCAGCACACUAGCUCCAUCACGUCCACUUGGACCGGGGCCUACCUCCUACGUCACAAGGAGGAGUAUCUCUCUAGCGUUGUUGAGGAGCAGAAGCAGCUGCUGAGGAAACACGGUAACAGAGUGGAUCAUGAUGUGCUGUCUGAAAUGGAAGUGCUAUACCGGUGCAUCAAGGAAGCUCUGAGGUUGCACCCUCCAUUGAUAAUGUUGAUGCGCCAAUCGCACAGCGAUUUCAGCGUGACCACACAAGAAGGGAAGGAGUAUGACAUCCCAAAGGGGCACAUCGUGGCGACUUCUCCUGCGUUUGCUAACCGGCUUCCACAUAUCUUCACCGAGCCAGAUAAGUAUGAUCCUAACAGGUUUGCUCCAGGAAGGGAAGAGGAUAAGGCAGCAGGGGCUUUCUCCUACAUAUCAUUUGGUGGAGGUAGGCAUGGCUGCCUCGGUGAGCCCUUUGCGUACUUGCAGAUAAAGGCCAUAUGGACCCAUCUGCUGAGGAACUUCGAGCUCGAGCUUGUUUCUCCCUUCCCAGAGAUUGACUGGAAUGCAAUGGUGGUGGGUGUUAAAGGAAGCGUUAUGGUGCGUUACAAGCGCCGACAACUUGUAGUUGAUUAGCGUGCUGUGGAAUUGAAGUCGAUUAGGCAGAUGGGAGCUAGAGGGGCUUGCUCUUUGUGUGGCUUGGUUAGUUAUUUGUUGCUUGCUCGUCCUCGCUUUAUCCUGUGGUUUGUUACAUCAGACACUGUUAUUGUGGUGAUGGGUUAUUCUGAGUAGUUUUCUAUGACAACCCAUCAGUUGUUCCUUCUAAAGCUAUUAGUUUCAGACCAUCUUUGUCAUUAAGUACGCAUUGCGGUUCGUGUAAUUGCAAGUAAUUAGUUGUCAAUUUACAAGAUUGUAAAACAUAGAAAUGUCAAUUUACGUUAAGGCUGUCUGCUCUUUUCAGCCUUCACGCGAGUCUUGUAGUUUAGGUAAGAUAAGGAGAUUAAAGUUGCCACAUAGCAAAACAGCAUGCAUGAUAGAAACAUUCGAAGUCUUGGGAAAUUUGGAUUUCUUCCAAGAAUAUUUAACAUAAUGAAAUUUUGGUGAUCAA